AUGGCCGGCUCGAGUGUUUGGGCAGAGCUCUUCAACUCCCUGCCGGAGCCGCAAUCGGACUAUCCACCCUUGGAUGAAAGGCCUUUUCCGGAGCGUUUCACCGACGACUUCUUCAGGGACCGCCUGCCGGAGCUCGAGUUCCGCCUCGAGGAGGCAUGUGUCAAGGGCAAUAUCCAGGAGGUGCACGACCUUAUCCUCAAGGGUGCGAACAAGAAUGCACCGCUGGAUAAGGAGCUCAAGACGCCGCUGAUGAUAGCUUGUCAACUUGGCUGGUUUCACUUGGUGAAGUGGCUGGUUGAGUUUGAGGGAGUGGACAUGGAUGGGCCGAUUUCCAGAUGCGGGUUCAGAGCCAUCGAUUAUGCCGGGAAGGAGCAAUUCCGUUGGCCGAACGAAGAGGUAGAGAUCGCUGAUUACCUGAGGAGCAUGGGUUCCAACUACACGUGGUGGGGUGCGUGCUUCUCUGGCGACAUCGAGCGCAUUGACGAAUACCUUCAGAACGGCCAGGACGUCAACGAGAUCAACCCGGUCCUGUGGAAUUACAACGCAGUAGACUGUGCCAUGCACGGAGGAUGUGGCAAGGCUGCCCAAUUUCUCGUUGCCCGUGGCGGCAUCAUCACGGUAAGAAACUGUCAUAUUCCGGUCUGGGAUGACAUGCUGUGGAGCAUUGGGCGUGGCGAUGCCUUUAUGUAUAAGGAGUGGGGCCUCGAAGAAGGAAGCUUCACCAAGCUCUGA